CCAAACGUCAGUGAAGAACCGCACAGCUUCUGCUCGGUCUCCAACAGAAGAAGGUCCACCAGAGCUUUAAUGAGGCUGGAGAGAAACCCGAACAGGUCUCGCGGUCUCUCUGGUUCUGUUCGGACCAGAAYCCAUCUCGGUAAUGAGACUUUUAUAACUUAUUAGAGCCGUUUUUGUGUUCGAACCAGCUUUGAGUUGCUGRUCCCUCAAUGGAAAGAUGACCUGAAACCGAUGAGCAGCGUUCACUUCAGAUCGGUGUCCGGGAGCUGAAGGACUCGGCGCAUCCCGGAGGUGGGGUGGGGGGGUCUCUGAGCGGGAUGGUGCACCUCCUGAGCUGCCUGCUGCUGGGAUACCUGACCUGGAACCUGCGGAUAUCGGACGCUCAGGGAGAGUACUGCCAYGGCUGGCUGGACUCGAAUGGGAACUAUCACGAGGGCUUCCAGUGUCCGGAGGACUUCGACACCGCGGACGCGGCGGUGUGCUGCGGCUCGUGCGCGCUGCGCUACUGCUGCGCGGCGGCGGACGCGCGGCUGGACCAGGGCGUCUGCACCAACGACAGGGAGGUGGACAACACCGAGUAUGCAGCGCAGCCGGUCUACGUCCCCUUCCUGAUGGUGGGCAGCAUCUUCGUGGCCUUCGUGGUGGUGGGCUCUCUGGUGGCGGUUUACUGCUGCACCUGCCUGCGGCCCAAGCAGCCCACCCAGCAGCCCAUCCGCUUCUCGCUGCGCAGCUGCCAGGGCGAGACCAUCCCCAUGAUCCUGACCACGGCGCCGCCCAGCCUGCGCGCCCCGUCCCGCCAGUCCAGCACGGCCACCACCAGCUCCAGCUCGGCCGGCGGGGGCAGCUCCACCAGGAGGUUUUCUCUGGGGGGUCAGCAGCAGCAGCAGCAGCAGCAGCAGCAGCACGGCUGCUUAAUCUCUGCCACCGUCUCGUCCUCGGCUUCCACGCCCACACAGAGCCCACAGACUCUCCCUCCGCCGCCGCCUCCACCGUACGCCUCCCCGCCGGGAGGCCUCCAGCACCCGCAGCUUCAGCUGCACCAGCCCUCCCACCCCGCCCAGAGCGCCGCUUUCCUGCUGCCCCAGCAGUUCUUCUUCCCCCUGCAGCCCGACGCUUUCACAGCGGCGAAGGGCUUUGCUGACUUUGGACAGAGCUGACAGGGCUUCCAGCAGGACGCCGUGGGAGCUUCCCAACAACAGGCCUGUCGGGGGGAGGGGGGGCAUUUAGAAACUUCAUGCACUUUUAUAUUAACAGAAAUUUGGAUGGAAGCUCACAGACUAAAAUCUUGACUCGCUUAAAAAAAAAGAAAAACAGAUGAGUGUCCUGAGCUUUUCUGAUCAGAGGUUUAUUAGACGGUGAAAACCUGGUUUUCACAUCAAAAAGGACAUCUUUUUUUAACAAAAGGUACUUUUUCAAUUAGAGGAAAUGUGAACUUUUGUAAAAAGUACAGCUUGUUUUGAGUUAAAUCCGAGUAUUGAUCCCCUAAUUCAAAUAAAAGUUGUCUCUUGUAACCUGUGUGGACUGAUCCAAAAGUGCAUCUCAUCAUCAUCAUCACUGAAACAGAAAGGAACCAGGAGUGGCGGGUUCAUCGCUGCAGCCUGCUACCUGUUGGUUUUUUCCUGCGCCAGACUUCCCAGCAGGAAUGCGGCGCUGAGAUCAGUCAUUGUCGGUGUUCAACGAGCAUGGCGUGGUCACAGUGUUCAAAACAACUCCCUGCAGAAAACGCAGGUUUAGAUUGCAGCGGCAGGUAACAGGAAAAAAAAAAAAAAGAAAAAAAGCUCAACAAAGGCAGCUCUGUGUCCCGGUUUACCUGACUGUGAAAUGGAUCUGGCAAUCGUUCGGUCCGAGGAUGUUUCCCGCCACGUUCGGAGAUUGUUUUUUGCUUUUAUCACAAAACACGGCAGAGGCCGUGACAGACGCCAGCUCGAACUUUCAGCAACACAUUCCACAUCUGGUUCAUAAAAAGACAACACGAGUGGUGAACAUGUUUCUAUAACUUUAUCAGUCGUUUUGGAAAGAUAAAACACGUCUUUGCCCGGCUUUAAGUUAUCCUCACAGUAGGACCCUGAUUAUCAUUUCUCCUUCGCUUUGUUUUAGCUUUAAAUUGAUGCAAGUUUUUUUCAAAUGUGCUUUUUAAAACUUCUAAGAAAACCACAAAACCUUUGUUUACACCGAUGAUGAGAUCAAGAACACAUCCCAGUUGUAAUUCCCAACAUUUUCAUGUAAUCGAACCCUCUGGUGAGCAUUUGUGGUCAUCUUUUCAGCACAGUCCUGGGAAACAAUGUAUUCACCGCCAUGGUGAAGAAUAACCACACUCGUUUAUCCAAAUUAUGUCAAAAGCAGAAGCAGGAAGGGAAAAGUUGGAUUCUGUGUCUUUUUGUUGUGGGUCAGCUUGAAGUUUCUCAGGAAGUCAUGGGACAGUCAAACCCUGUAAACAGCAAUUAUUUAUCCAGUGACCCUUUUUAUUAAACCAACGUGGGCUUGUUUGACUCAACUGUAAUCAGAUACAGCAAAUGUUGGAAAAGCGGCCGCUCAUCAAGUGUCGAGGCAAUAAAUCAUUUCUGAAGCCACCGCCUGAGACCACUCAUCACCGGGAUCGAAAUUUUAAGAUCAACCGCUUUAAAAAUUAUUUAACCUUUUUCUUUGUAUAAAAGCAACUCAAAGUUA